AUGGUGCAAUCUGGAACGAAAGCUAGAAGAACUGCCAGAAAAGGUGUUGCUACUCGCGAAUAUACAAUUCAUUUGCACAAACGAAUUCAUGGUGUUGGUUUCAAAAGGCGAGCUCCUCGAGCUAUUAAAGAAAUAAAAAUGUUUGCUAAAAAGAUGAUGGGCACUGAAGAUGUUCGAAUUGGUGUGCGGCUCAAUCAAUUUAUAUGGUCCAAAGGUGUCCGAAAUGUUCCAUAUCGUGUCCGCGUGAGGCUUGCGCGCAAAGCUAACAAGGAUGCAGAUAGUAUACAUAAGUUCUACACUUUGGUAACAUUCGUACCUUGUACUGACUUUAAAGGAAAGCAGAUAAUUAAUCUUUAUCUGGAACAUUCUGAUGGCUGUAUUGUGAUAACUUCAUACAUUGUGUGGCAUCAUGCUCUGCACUUUGGCGUACGAAGCUCUAUAUCCUUGAAUCUUUUCACUAAUCACAGUAAAAUACCAAGUUCAUAACGCGUUGGCGAAAAGAGUUAUGCACCGUAUUUGUAAAACCUAUUUCUUUCACGGUGUAAAUGUAUGGUUAUUCUGUAUCAGACUAUCGUUUUCUCCGAAAGAUUGCUUGCAUCUGGUUUUAGCACUUUAUGAGUAGUGCUGAGGUCUAGAAACAUGUGUUCAAACCAAAUGAUAGUAAUUCACUUAGUGUCACCAUUUUAAAAUCUCGGCUUUGAUGACUCAGAGAUGUUUUCAGUAUGUCACCGCAUCAGCUUCUACACUUUUAAAUAAUUUUCAAUACGUACUGGAUGGAAAGGAGAGAAGUGGUCAGUUUAUGACAUGGAGCUAUGGUAUCUAAAAUAAUUGUAAAAACCUUUGUCUAUUGGUCCAUCAUGAAUCACCUGAUGCGGUUCUCGAGUUCAUGAAAAUUAGCGGAGAUCCUCCCGUACUUUCUAUUGCAUGUAUCAAAGAAAUAAGGUGGAACUUCACUGUUAAACAAUUUUAUUUUCAUUGUAUUUUUAACGAAACUGUAUCUUCCUUGAAAGAAUAUCAUUUAUUUACCCAUUUAAUUAUUAUACGACCAUUACCUCUGAUUUACCCGCUAAACUAUUAUUUCAUUUUAUGUAGUACAUUCUUCUGAUUUCUCUUUUGUACUAAACUUUUUCCACUGUAAAUAAGUAAUACAUUUCAACAUUUAAUAUAAUU